UAUGCCGAUUGAUGAUGGCAAUGUACCUGUCAAGUAAUACAAUUAUUUAGUGAAUAUUUUGUGUGAUAUUUCUGUGCUUUCUCAAAUUAUUCUUACAAAAUGUACAUUGCGCCUCUUUUAUUUGCAUUACUAGUCACAUUAAUUAGUGGUAUAUAUUCAAAAAAUGUAGAACUUACAUUUGAAUUACCCGACAGUGCUGUUGAAUGUUUUUAUCAAGAAAUUGAACAAAAUACCUCUGCCACUCUAGAAUUCCAGGUGAUAACAGGAGGCCAGUAUGACGUAGAUGUAAAAAUAGAAGGUCCAAAUAAACAAAUUUUGUAUCAGCAAAACAAAAUGCAAUAUGAUUCUCAUCAAUUUACAGCACAACAAACAGGAGUGUAUAAAGUCUGCUUCAGUAAUGAAUUUAGUACUUUUUCACAUAAACUUGUUUACAUGGAUUUCAAUGUCGGUCCUGAGAAAGCACUGCCAGGAGUUGGUGAACAUGCCACUGUUUUGACUCAGCUGGAAACCUCAGCGGGAGAAAUUCACUCGGCUCUUAAUAGGAUUAUUGACCACCAAACACAUCACAGGCUUAGAGAGGCUCAAGGUCGUAAGAGAGCAGAAGAUCUCAAUGAAAGAGUAUUUUGGUGGUCUUUGGGAGAAACUUUUGCAAUUAUCUGUGUAACAUUCACUCAAGUUAUGGUCUUGAAGAACUUCUUCAGUGAUCGACCAAGUUUAUACACUGUAAAAAAUAAUUAUUAAAAUUAAAUAGUAUAUUUAUUAAUAUAUUUCAUGAGUUGA